CCAGGGAGAGCUUCCACCUUCGGGGCCGGAGCCCUGCUCCCCUUGCACCGGCGCCUGGCUCCGCGCUGAGUCAGGAUGGUGGGACUCACAGCCUCAGACGUGCCCCCGACCAUGGCGGUCACCAUCUUCUCGGCUGGAGUGGCGGCCGGCGUGGCGGAUGUGAUCACCUUCCCGCUGGACACGGCCAAAGUCCGGCUACAGAUCCAAUGCGAAUGCCAGACCUCCAGUGCUGUUAGGUAUAAAAGUGUCCUGGGAACAAUCACCACUCUGGCAAAAACAAGAGGGCCAAUGAAACUCUACAGCGGGCUGCCUGCUGGUCUCCAGAGACAAAUAAGCUUUGCCUCUCUUAGGAUCAGCAUCUAUGAAAGCAUCCAGGAGUUCUUCACCACAGGGAAAGAAAAAACACCUGGUUUAGGAAGCAGGGUCUCAGCGGGCCUAACGAAUGGCGGCGUGGCCGUGUUCAUUGGGCAACCCACAGAGGUAGUGAAGAUCAGACUUCAAGUGCCAAGCGGUCUACAUGGUCCCAAACCUCGCUACACUGGGACUUACAAUGCUUACAGAAUUAUAGCAACAACAGAAGGCUUGACGGGGCUUUGGAAAGGUUCUACUCCGAAUCUGACAAGAAUUGUCAUCAUCAGCUGUACAGAGCUAGUAACGUAUGACCUAAUGAAGGAGGCCCUUGUGAAAAACAAUUACAUUUCAGAUGAUGUGCCCUGUCACUUUGUGUCCGCUGUUAUCGCUGGAUUUUGCACAAUGGUUCUGUCCUCUCCAGUGGAUGUGGUGAAAACCAGAUCUGUUAACUGUCUACCGGGACGGUACACAAGUGUGUCCGACUGCGCAAUGAUGAUGCUCACUAAGGAAGGACCAUCGGCUUUUUUCAAAGGAUUUGUACCUUCCUUCUUGUGACUGGGAUCCUGGAACAUCAUCGUGUGUGUGCUUUGAACAGCUGAAGCGAGAAUUGAUGAAGUCGAGGCAGACCAUGGACUGUGCUACCUAAUCAUCUUCAGGGAAAGGAUGGAACAGACCAGUGGGAAUCUUUGC